AUGGGGCCUUUAAAGCCUUCAGGACCUUUUCCAACAGACAUCAACCAGAACAAUAGGUGUUUUUCAAAAUCGUACCACGUUUCGUGUUCUAAAUAUGGGCCAGUUAAUCGUUUUUGGUCGUGUUAUUCCAAAAUACUAGACGCUGCCUAUUGUCAACCCUGCUGGUUAUUUGCUUCACAAAGGAAUAAUGUUUGGUGUACGGGAAUUCGAGAUUGGAAGCAUUUAUCAGAAAGAAUUAAACAACACAGUUGUUCGAGUGGCCAUUCGGAAGCAUGUGCUGUGUAUGAAUUUUGGAAAAAAAACGAUACUAAUACUAUCGACAAGGAACUUGAAAAUGAAAUUCGAAAAGAAGCAUCAUUUUGGAAAAUGGUUCUUCAAAGGUUAUUCGAUAUCAUACAUACCCUAGCAAAGAGUUCUUUGGCUUUGAGAGGACAUCCAGAAGACUUAAGUCAGAAAGGAUACCACAUAAAUUUUCUGUCCCUUGUAGAGCUUGUCGCCCGAUAUGAUUUGGAUAUGCCCCAAGUUUUGGAUAUGCCCAAAGGAUCUACAAGAUAUCUGAGAGCAACAAUUCAAAAUGAAAUGAUUGAGAGCUUGGGGACCAAACUCGAAACCCAUCUACUAGAACAAAUUAGAGCAUCACCGUUUUUCGCUAUCAUAAUGGAUACGAUAAAGGACAUAUUGAAGGUAGAUCAGCUAAGCAUUGUCGUGAGGUAUGCAGUAAUAACCAGAUCGGAAAAUGGACAGCCAAUUGAUAUAGAAGUAAAAGAAGUAUUUCUAGGCUUUUAUGCAGCCAUCAAACAUGGCGCAGUAGAUUUAGUCAACCAAGUGACAACAUUAUUUAUCAACAAAAAUAUUGAUUUAAAAAAAUGUGUGGGGCAAGGAUAUGAUGGAGCCAGUGUGAUGAGUGGUGUGUAUAAUGGUGUACAAAAACAUAUUAAGGAUAUCCAGCCUAACGCAGAGUACGUACAUUGUGCCACUCAUAAUUUAAAUUUGGUGAUAAAUGAUGCCGUUAGAAGUUGUGUGGAAAUACAGAUUUUUUUCGCAACGUUUCAAGAUUUGUAUAACUUUUUCGGAAACAGCAUCAAACGUUGGGAUCUACUGUCAAAAUUCACUGGCGAAUCGGACACCACUCUAAAAAAACUAAAUCCGACUAGAUGGUCCAGUAGGGUCAAUACGAUAUCUGCAAUAAAACUUCGUUAUUUUGAUAUUAUCAAAGCAUUAUCAGAAAUAGUUCUAAAGAGUCCUAAUAAAGAUGAGCGUAGUGAAGCAGAGAGUAUUAAAACAAAAAUGCUAAAUUUCGAGUUCGUGUUGCUUUGCGAAUUCAUGCACAGUGUAUUGAACGACAUCAAUUAUGCAUCCAAAACUUUACAAAAAUGCGACAUCAAUUUGGGCGAGGCGAGUAAAGUUUUAGCAGAGACCAAAGCAAAGUUGCAAAUUUAUAGAAAUGAUUUCGAAUUAUUCAAGUGCAAAGCCAGUGAAACUGCAAGAAAAUAUGUUUUUCCUCAACUAACUCAAGCAUGGACUGUUCACCAAUUAUGUAAGGAAAUAAUGAGCAAAUAUGGAGUGCUGGAAUGCGACCUAACGGAAGUAUUUACAGCAAUGUUAUCAUUCUUUACAAUUCCUGUCACUUCUGCAGCAGCUGAAAGAUCCAAAUGUUGUUGCCAAAGGGAUUCGAUAAACAGCCGAAUAUGUAAUUUAAUGUCUGAGAAAGGAACGGAUUUUGCUAAGGCAGAAGAGGCAGAUCGUGAUGCAGAAUCAGUCAAACCAUUUCCUGAUAUAUCGACGUGA